AAUAUACAGUAAAAAAAAAAAAAAGCUCUAAUUUUCAAGAACCAAAAAAUUCCAAUUAUGCAAAUCUACUAAUUCAUCAAUUGUGUGGGGAAAAAAAUUAGAAAUGGCCGAAGAUAAAGUUUCCGAGUCAGAGAAAAAGUUGGUUGAGAAAAUGCAAGAGUUGAAAAGAAAAUUGAUCAUUGACGAGAUAUUUGUUAGGACUUCUCGAUCUCCCUCUAAAAUUAUAUUAGGGCCGUGUUUUAAGAAUGGGUUACCUCCAGAGCUGUCUCGUCAUUACCCGUUGGCCGAAGGAGAAAAGCUACUUCUACACUCCGCGGAACCUGAUUGGUCGAAAGAUAAAACUACGUUGAGAUCAUGGCCUAAAGUAAGUGGAUCGUGGAUUGAUUGGGUAGAUAGAGUUGAGAAGGCGAAAUGGGAGGUGUGGAAAUCGGCUGAUAUAUAUGACGCCAUUCAGUUGUCGAAACAUGAUAUCCCGAUGGACAAAAACCUUCUUUAUGCUGCCUUGUGCUAUUGGUCGAUCUCCACAAACUCAUUUCAUUUCAGGUUUGGUAUGAUGGGUCCAACAGUACUAGACAUUGUUGCUUUGACAGGACUUAGGCCGCAUGGUGAGGAUGUUAGCGUUCCUCUCGGGAUAGCUAAACCGGUUCGUGAUUUUCCCGAGUUUGGAAAAGUUAAAGAAUGCUUGAAUUACUGCAAGUUUCUCGACGUGUCAAUGGGAGGAAUGCCCGUGACAGAGGAAGAACAUAUAUGUUUUCUGGUUAUGUGGCUUUGCAGAUAUUUCUUUUGUAAUUCUUCGAUUACCAUGAUCGAGCAAUGUACAAAACUGGCUGUUGCUCUUGCUAAGGGUAAAAAGCUUGCUUUGGCGCCGUUUGUCUUGUCGAAUUUGUAUCGUUGCUGCACUGACAUUGUUACGGGAGGAUUUGACGAUGCACGGGGUCCAUUCUUGAUCUUGCAAUUCUGGCUACAGACUUACUUUCCGGAACAUCAACCUUUAACCUCGGAUGACGGUAAUCCUCCCACCUACGGGCACGCCUUGGCUGAAGGAGUUUUGAGACCUAAAACGUUCAACCAAUACUAUCUCUUCUUCAAUAAAUGCUCAUCUCGAACAGCCAGCCAAUUCAUCCCAUUUUCGUCGAGGAAGUUUGGACCUGAAUGGUUUAAGAGGUCGCUCGAUCCGUACUUCCAAAGACUUAAUAGGACAGAGUUAAGAGACAUUUGGGCUAGUUAUCUUAUUGCUCGAGACGUCCCUUAUAGUAUCCUUGUGGAUGAAUCUUUGAAAUGCAAAUGCGGGGUAGAACAUUAUUCUCCGAAUCAGUUCGCUCGACAGUUUGGCAUGACACAGGCUAUCCCGUUCCACCAAUCAGCCAAUGAUCUUUUGGUCAGAAGAGAAACUUUCCGGGAUUACAUUGACGAAACUGAAUCAAGGUUUUCCCAAUUAAAAGGGGAGUUCUCGUUUGUUCCAUUUAAUGUUAAUCCGAGCACUACCGACUUCUUUGAUUUCUGGUGGUCAACUUAUAUGAAAAAUCGGGAUAAAACUACCACUGCUACUGAUGUCCUCAGGAAGAUCUCACUGUGUGUGACGCCUCUCGGUCUGUCCGAAAGGCAAGAAGUUGCUGCUCACAGGUCUAAUGGUAUUAAUAGCAAUUCCCCGUCCGCAGGAAAAUUUGGCCGGAACCUGAAGAGGAAAUGUAAAGGGUAUGGUAUUCCAUCACAAUCGUUUGUACAGCAAGACGACUCCAGACAACAAUGGGACUUGUAUGAAGCGACUGAAACGAUAUCGACUAAAAGAACAAUAUGCAAGAAGGUGAAGACUUCCGCGAUGAAAAUGCCGCUACCAAGGACAACUUCUACCUCACCUUUUACGUCAGCCUUCCCGACAAGCUGUGUUCCUGCCGAUGAAGACGAGAGUAAUGACGAGGAGGAAAUUUCCGCUGAUGAUACAUCAGCCUUCCCUACAAGUUGUGCACCUGCUGAUGAAGACGAGGGUAAGGCCGAGGAGCAUGUUUCUGCUCAUGAUACAUCAGGCUCCGCCUCAUCCUCCACCUCAUUCUCUACUUCUGAAAAAGAAGGCAAAAAAUGUACAGUUUCCCCAUCGUUAGCCGAGACCAGAAGCAAGACAUCCGAUGUUAGUGAACCGCCCUACUGUCCUGUGAAAUUUGACAAUCUGGAAGACUUCUUUGCUCGAGUUAACGGACAAAUUAAACGAGCUCAAUCUCUCGGUUUUCCUGCUGAUCAAUCUUCUCCCAUGGACGAAAAGACAUCCGCCAGGGGAAAUUCUUCACCGUCAGCAGAAAUGCUUGCCACAGCAAAAGACGACAUUGAGAGAUUACUAGCCAUACCUUCUAAGGACUUGCUUCAACCCGAAAACUGUUCAAAGUUAAAUGCAGCACUGUCAAUAUAUGCCUCAUCACCUGAUUUAUCAGUUGAGAGAGCACUCGCGUUUGAGAAACUCAAAGCAAACCUUCCACACCUUUCCUCAACAUACCAUAGAGCUAAGAAGGACAAAGAGGAUUAUUACAAGAAGGCAGCCAAGAAAGUGAUCCUGAUCGACGAGCUAACAAAAGGUCAGGAACACUACGCCAACCUCAAAGAAUACAGCGACAAGCUUGAAUGUACAACGGAAUCCAUCAGAAACCAAAUCAUCAAGUUGAAAGCAAGCUUGAAGGACGCAGAGACGAAGAGAAAAGCCAUCCAGGACCAAAAACUGAGUUUGGCUAAGAAGUGUUUUGAAAAGUCUAAUGCCCUUGAUGAAAUGGAAGAAGAGUCUCUUAUCAUGGAGGGGAUGAAGGAGGUAGCUGAUUCGGACAUUGCUCAAGUUGAAGAAAGCUUAAGAGACCUCAAGAGUAAGAUAAUUGAAUCACAGGUGUAAAUCGCUCUUCCUAUGAAUUUUGAUGACUAGUGAUCCGCAAUACCAGAGCAUGUAAACGCCAUUUUUGUGAUAUAUAUAUGUGUGUAAUCUCUCUUUUGCAUGGCAUCACCAGAUAUAAGCCUUGUUGGUCCAAACUUAUAUAGUGAAACAAGAAUUCUAGAAGUGCAUAGGUGAACUUAGGGGUUUUUGGUUGCUUUCAGCUCGAAUUAUGUAUACCUGAAGGAACAAAUGUAUAUAUUUUAAGCCUGAGUUUGCAUCUUGUUAUGAAAUGUAGGAGUGAGCAUGGUACGAUAUCGAAUUAUCAUUACUGAAUCAAAUUUUUUGAGAUUGUAGUUCUGGUAUUAUGGUAUAUAGAUGAUACAUAUUAUACAUUUUAGAUUCUUUUGAUAUUCGAUGCGAAAUGCUAAAUGUAGCAGGUAUCUUAAUUCAUGGCCUUCUGUAACUGGAAGAUGGUACGAUUGGAUAGAUAGACUCAUAAAGUUCUCAAUGUGUCGGAGGGAGAAACGACUGAAACGGCUGUGACAGAGGAGGAACAGGUAUGUUUUCUGUUUACGUGGCUCAACGAGCAUCUGUUUUGUGACUCUUCUUUAACCAUGAUCGUCUGAGCAAUGCAAAAAACUGGCAUUUGCACGCUCUUGCUGCAGGUAGAAAGCUUGCUUUGGCACCCUUUGUCUUAUUACUCGUGUUGUUAUGUCUGACUGCAAUGCCAACACCAAGACCACCAACACCACCACCAAUGCCACGACAACAACUACCACCACCACCACCAACAGCCACCAAUAACACCACAAACACCCGUCAUUUUGAGUGUUUUUUCUUAUCAGUAUGGCGAGGAAGGCAGAAUCUCCCCGUCAUUAGCUAAUACUAGAAGCAAGACAUCUAAUAUUAUUGAACCGCCAGACAUAUUGAACGAUUUCAAUCUCGUUUUUUCUGCUGAUCAAUCUUCUCCCAUAACUGACCAGUUAUCUGCCAUACAGAAGUCUCCACCGUCAGCAAAAAUGCUUGCCACAGCGAAAGGUGAUAUAGAGAGAUUACUAGUCAUGCCUUCUCAAGGCUUGCUUCUACCCAGAAACUGUUCAGCAUUAUGCUGCAGCACCGGGUUUAUCGGCUGAGAGAACGCUUGCCUUGAAGAAACUCAAAGAGAACCUUCUGCACUUCCGUACUUCUCCUUGACCUUGCGUAAAGCUUAGAAGGACCAAGAGGAGUAUUAUAAGAAAGUGUUCCUCUUUGACGAGCUCACAAAAGAACAGGAACUCUAUACUAGCCUCAAAGACGGCCACAAUAUAGCCAAGUUAGUCUCCCUCAAUACAGUUUAACUCUGUCAACCCUAUACGAGUAGUGAUCCAAAAUCCGAAGGAGGUUCAUGGCCAAGAGGAAAGAUAUGAGGAAAGAUGUCCGAGUAACGGUGAUUUUGGAAUGUAUGCUUCAACUUGUGGGAGUACAUUGGGUACAUUGAUGAUGUUGUAUUG